AUGAAAGGAAGAAGGAGCGGGACGGCUCAUUGGACGGAGAAGAAGACGUCGUCAAACACGACGACGACGGCGCCUAUGAAUCGAAUGAAUAUGAUAAUGACGGACGACGCCACUUUUUAUUCAAUUCAAGAGGGGGACAAAAAAGGCGAAGAAGGUCCGCUAAGAUGAGAAGCGAUAGAUAAAGCGGUAUUCAUGAAUUUCAAUCAAGAUCCUCUUUUUGAAAACUUUUUUGAAUUGUAAAAGAAAAAUGAAUGUGAUUUGUACCUUCCAAGUGCUGAUCACAUUUUUUUUUUGUGGAUUUUCAAAUUCGGGUUUCGAAAUGAUGAAGACUUAUAAUCAAAAAAAGGUUUCUAUUUUUCAAAAUAUCAUCAAAAAGGAACAUUCACAAGGAGCCAAAAUAACGGAGAAAUACAAGCGAGAAACAGCAAAAUUUUAAAAAUGAGCCAAGUUCAACAGAACUUACUAAGUUUAUAAGAAGAAAAAAAGAAAGAGAUUUCUAAAAAGACUUACAACCGGAGUUUGGCUUUCAGAAAAAUUAGAAAAAUCUCUUUCGGUUAUACUUUUGUAAUUUCAUGGCUCAAAAUUCGAAAAGUACUGUUUCAUUUCGUUUCGAAACAUACCAGAAAACCAAACUUGAGACUUUUUUUUGAUUGAAAAGUCAGACCAACCGAAAUUUCGGGAAAGAAUGUGAGGAACUGUAAAAUCUGAAUUUUUCGAAUUAAAAAAAAUCAGCAUCCUAGUAUCCAGCUCUGGAUAAAGGCUAAGAUCCUCUUCUCCUCUCAAGUAAUCUCAAAAAAAAAAUCUAUGAGCCCAAAUCUCCAACUCAUCAAGUUUCAAAGGGGCAAACAAAAAGUCAUGAUGUUGGAGAAUGGUCGUAAAAAGGGGGAAAGAGAGGCUCAAAAAAGGCCUCAGAAAGACCGCAGAACGGCAGCAAAAAGGCACCAAAAAGGCAGCAAAGAGAGUCCCUUCAACAAGCCUUCCAUUUUUUCUGGGAUCAAUAAAUGGUGGCAAAAGGGAGAGGGAGCAAAAAUGGUGCAUAAAGGCCGAUGAAAUGGCGCAAAAAGGUGUCAAAAAGGAACCUUUUCUAUGGAGCCUUUUUCGACCUUCUCCGACCUUGCCCAUGAAGGAAGAACUAUACAAAACCACCCUCGAUAAGAAACAGCGAAAAGGAAAGAAAAUAGCACGCAUGUACAUCAGAAGGUGAUGCGAGAAAACCGUCGUGACUGAUUUGAAGCGGUUGUUGUUUUCGCUGGGGGAGAGGUUGAAGCGACGUCGUCGUCCCGAUAUCUUCGGUUGUAAUGCGGUGGGAGAUGAGGUCGGUCUCGCGCUUCAGUGACUGUGGCAAAAAGCGGUGCCUACGUCACGAUUCUUUAAAAGGUCACGGCUUUCGGAUUCUUUCGUUGGGAGGGUGGCCCGGGACAAUCUGUAGUUCGGCUGUGGAGAGGAAUGAUUGGAAUGGGGCUGAAUUUGCCAUAGAAGGAAGGUCAUUUUCCUCAGGCCUUUUUUGAAAAUUGGCCCAAAAACUCUUCGAUGGACCAGAAAAGUAUCCUGGAAGUUUCAGACUGCUUAACUCCCGGGUUUUCGAGAAACAAGGGUCCAAACAGAUUUUGAGAGUCUUUUUCGACUUCGAGGUGUUCUUUCUCAAAAACUAGGAGUUUUUGCAGAUUGAGACUUCCAGCUUUUGGUAUCACAAGGAAUAACGUGGCCAAGUCUCAGGAAAAUCCCAACCGCAAAGUUAAAUGACCUUCCUUGUGGGUGUUUUGGAAAGGUGGUAGCGCUGAAAGUUUGCCACACAAGGAAGGUCAUUUUUCUUGGGAUUUUUUGAAAAUUGGUUAGUACACACCUUGAUGUACCAGAUGAAGAUCCUGAAAUCUUCAAAAUUUACUGAUUCUCUUUCCUAAAAACCAAAAAAAAAACUUGCGAGAAAAAAAAAGCAAGAAAGGACUUCCUGAAUACGUUACGUUUCAUGGAGAGUAUAUCAAAAACGUAUCAAACUGUCAGAUAUUUCUGCCCUUUCAUGAUACACUUUCGCUUUCUCAAGAUAAUAAUAACGUAAGAAUAUUCUCGAGCUGCAUGCAGCGAAAAAGGCUCAAUCUCUGCCAUCGGCCUUUGGAAAGCCGGCACCGUACUUCUUCCUACAACCUCUCUUGUACCUGAUCUACGAGCCAAAUUCACAUUUUCUCUGCCUAAGCAGCUCCUGCCGCCGUUUAAACACAGUUGAAAUCAAUGAAAGUCGAUUGCACAUGUACUCUUACAUUGAAGAUGCAAUAAACAGUUUUUUUAAAAUAUUCCCAAUGAGAUUUUUUGAAGCUAGAAAUUUGCAGCUCACUUCAAAUCUGGACUUGAAAGUUUCUUUCAAGGCCUAUGAAAAAAAUUACCGCCUUUUGAAAUCACAAAACUAACUUUUUCUGAGGGUGAGAGAAGCUAUCAACAACUUCGCUGUAUAGAAAAAGAGCUACUCGAUUAUAUGCGCUCCCUCGCCAUUUUUUAUAAGUUUGGAAAUAAAAAAAAACCUUAUUACCCUCAGCAAAAUUUAAAAAAAAUUGCCAAAGUGCGGAAAACGGGUGCAGAACGGGAAUGACUGCAAAACGGUCGCUGAAAGGGUUCCGUUAUGCGGCCUUUAUUGAGCCUUUAUUUCUUGGAGAGCUAAAAAGACUCAAAAAAUGAUAAAAAGAAGGGAGAGGCGGCAAAAAGGGUGCAAAAGGGGUGGUGAAAGUCUCGGUUUUUUUUUUCUAAAAAGGGCCCAAAAAGGGUGGAUAAAAGCCGUCGAAAGGACGGAAAACGGCUAUAAAAAGCAAACCCUUGCCGUCCGUUUAGGAACAAAUUAUGGAAACCUUUUGCAUAUAAAACGGACGAUCAAAGGGCCUGUGAAGAGUCCUUCCAAGAGUCCUUCCAAGUCCUUCCAACUCUGCCUAUGAAUAGGAAAAAUUCUUAAUUUUUGAUGCGAAUCAGAUCUGCUAAAGAGAAAAUUACUUGGGCAUCAUGAGACAUUGAAAAAUUGUGCAAAAGAACUCCACUAAUUUAGCCAAAAGAAAAAAAAAUGCAUAUUUUGAAGGGACGACACAAGACCCGUUGUUGGAAGCAGGAAAAGUUGGCGGCGAGCCAGGUCCAAAGCCGAAAGGCAGCAAGUUUUGGGGGGAUUUUUCCUCCCCAAGACCUCCACCUCUUCAAAUCGAGGAGACCGCUCAAAAGAUGAUGACGUUCCGCCUCUCCAAGGCAUUGUCAAAAGGAACGUCUUCUUCAGAUUUUUUUCGUUGUUAAAGAUCUUUGGCCGGAGGAUCGUUGAAAGCUCUGAUUUCGGAACGAUUAUAA